AUGUUCAGUUCCAAACCGCCGGCAAUCCUGCCAUCCUACUUCACCGAGUACACAGAGCCAGACAAGCUGGAUAUUAGCACCAAGGUACAACUGCACGGAGUCCUGUGGAAGAGACCCUUCGGGAGACAGUCUGCUAAAUGGUCCAAAAGAUUCUUCCUCAUCAAGGACAGUUUUUUGCUCUAUUAUGCAGAAAAUGAAAGAAAAAACUUUGAGAGCAACAGAUACUUCAACAUACACCCCAAGGGUGUGAUACCACUGGGUGGAUGUGUCGUGGAAGCAAAGGAAGAGCCCAACAUGCCAUUUGUGAUGAGAAUUUCUCACGAGGAUUUCCAUGGGAAUAUCUUAUUAGCGGCUGAGACUGAAUUUGACCAACAGCACUGGCUAGAGAUGCUGCAGGAAUCAGGAAAGGUAACCUGGCAGAAUGCCCAGCUAGGGGAAGCGAUGAUUGGAAGCCUUGAAGCACAAGGCCUGCAGCUUGCGAAGGAGAAGCAGGAAUAUUUAGACAAAUUAAUGGAGGAGACAGAAGAACUUUGCCUGCAGCGAGAACAGAAAGAGGAACUGGAACGACUAAAUCAAGUCCUUGAGGUGGAGAAAAACAGGAUUGAGGAAAUGGUCCAGGAUUUGAAGUCUGAGCAGGAACAGAUAAAGAGGGAACUGGAGAUGACAGUAAGCUCACUAAUGGCAGUGGAAGAGGAAAAGAAAGAUCUGCACGAACUAUCGGAAUCCCUGCAAAAUAACUUAGAGUCCCUGUCUCAUGAGAAGCUGAGGACGUUGGAGAAGCUGAAGGACAGCGAGCACCAGGCUCAGCAGCUGACCAGCCAGAACGAGCAGCUCUCACAAUCCAGUGGAACAUUCCGUGCCAUCCUGCAGCAAAUUGAGGAGGACAUGAAGAAACUGCAGGAUGAGAAAGUUCUUGCUGAGGAAAGGCUACAGGAGAAUGAAAAGAGAGCGCUUGCAUUGCAGGAGGAGCGUGAGUUUUAUUCCACUCAGUCCCAGGAACUCCAGGUCUCACUCUCAGAGCUGACAGCAGAGAAGCAGAAAACAGAGAGUGAGCUGAGGGAGGAGAUUAAGUCUCGUGCAGAGCUGGAGCGAAGACUGCAAGAGGCAGAGGAAGCCUUGCAGCGGUUGGAGCAGGGCCUGAGCUCAAAUGAACGCACAGUGGAGAAAAAUGAGCUAAUGAAAGGAGAUGUGGGUGAGCUGAGAAAGUUCUUUGAGGAGUGUAUCAGGAAGGCUGAGAUUGAUGCCAAUCUUCCUGUAAUCAUGAAGAACUCAGUGUAUGUGCAAAGGGCUGCAGCCCGCAGGAUAAAGAGCUGCAGGUUCCGUCGGAGGAAGUCCACUGCUGUUUGGAACUCUUUUGUGCCUUCAAAGCAAUUUUUAAAAUCUCUGGCACAAUUGGACAGCAAGAAUAUGGAGGAGCUGAAGGAAACGGCCAGGAAGCUGAGCAGGGAUCGGCGUUUCCGAGAGACCGUCUAUAAGUACAUGACUCUCAAAGAUUCCUCAAAUUCCUGA